AUGAGUGCUCCCCUCAAGUAUCUGUACCUCGACCAUCUGUACCUCAACUUCGACAUCCUGAAAAAGUACCAACGCAACCUUCUCGCGCACCGGAGGCAUCUCACCGAGAACCUCGCGUGCAUGGCCCGCAGUAGCAGCCCCACCCUAGCGGCGACCAAGGAGUCCCUAGCGGUGAAGCUGGAGAAGUUGGAGGCCCAGAUUAACCAUGCGGAGGAGAAAUCCGUGAAACUGGAGAAGCAGAUCUCGGAGGCGCUGGACGCGUAUGAGAAGAGUCGGGAUAUAAGCCGUCCUCAGCCGACGAAAUCUGUACCGUAG